AUGAAGCCAAUACCUUCACUAUGGGCGCUCUUCGCCCUCGUCGCGCUCACCUGUGCCGCUCAUACCUCCAACUGGGCAGUGCUGGUGUCGACCUCCCGUUUCUGGUUCAACUACCGUCACUUGGCCAACACGCUCUCGCUCUACCGCACGGUCAAGCGCCUCGGCAUCCCCGACUCUCAGAUCCUCCUCCUCCUCCCGGACGACAUGGCGUGCAACCCGCGAAACGCCUUCUCCGGGACCGUCUACUCCAACGCGGACCGCCGCAUGGACCUGUAUGGCGAGAACGUUGAGGUCGAUUACCGCGGCUACGAGGUCACGGUGGAGAACUUUAUCCGCCUGCUGACGGACCGCUGGGAGGAGGGCGUCCCGGCGAGCAAGAGACUGCAGACGGACGAGGGCAGCAAUAUCCUCAUCUACAUGACGGGCCACGGAGGCAGCGAGUUCCUCAAGUUCCAGGACAGCGAGGAGAUUUCGAGCUGGGACCUGGCCGACGCCUUUUCGCAGAUGAGGGAGAAGAAGCGGUACAACGAGAUGCUGUUCAUGAUCGACACGUGUCAGGCCAACACGCUCUACCGACAGUUUUACGCCGAGGGCAUCAUCGCGACGGGGUCGUCCGAGGAAGACGAGAGUUCCUACUCACACCACGCCGAUAACGAUGUCGGCGUCGCCGUCAUUGACCGGUGGACAUACUACGUUUUGGAGUUUUUGGAGACGCAGGUCACGGGCCCGACGUCGGACAAGACACUGGGCGACCUGUUCGACAGCUACGAUGUGCAGAAGAUUCAUUCGAACCCUGGCGUGAGGUGGGAUUUGUUCCCCGGAGGAGAGCAGGCUGGGAGGAGUCGUAGGGUCGUCGAUUUCUUCGGGAAUGUUCAGAGCGUGGAGGUGCAGGGUAACAAAUCGGGCAUUGAGAGCUUGAAGGACGACAUUGAAGGUCUGAAACGACUGGUGCAAGAGUACGAGGCCUUUGCGCUCGCGCAGGAGAGUAACGCGACAUCUAUGUCUGAUGCUUUGCAACGGAGAACAAGCACCAACACCACGACAAAAAGGAGCCCGACAAAGCAACGAGAUACUGUUGGAAGCUUGAAAGUCACGGAAAAUGCGCAGUGGGCUCGACACGUUGCUGGUGUGACCGUCCUCUCCGGACUCACAGCACUCUGGUAUUUUGCUCCGAAACUCGUGUGA